AUUUAAAUUUGCGGUAACACACGUGUUUUGAAGAAAAAUGGCGGACAACGACAAGAAGAAACGGAAAUCACAGAGUUUGGCUGAUGUGCAGCACUCAGAAAACUUUCUGCUGCAGCCUUCAUCAAAAGUUGACAAGUUAGAUUCAUCCCAAUGGCCACUGUUAUUAAAGAAUGUUGACAAACUCCAUGUCAGGACAGCCCAUUACACACCCAUUCCAACAGGAUGCUCGCCAUUGAAGCGACCAAUUGAUGAAUAUGUCAGGAGUGGAUUUUUCAACUUGGACAAGCCAGCUAACCCUUCAUCUCAUGAAGUUGUGGCGUGGGUCAAACGCAUCCUGAGAGUUGAGAAAACAGGACAUAGUGGUACACUUGAUCCUAAGGUUACAGGAUGUCUUAUUGUCUGCAUACAAAGGGCCACACGACUGGUGAAAUCACAGCAGGGAGCAGGAAAAGAAUAUGUGUGUAUAUUCCGCCUUCACAGCCCUGUCGAAGAUGAACGUUUGGUUGCACAGAAACUAGAGAUGCUGACAGGAGCUCUGUUCCAGAGACCGCCCCUUAUAUCUGCCGUGAAGCGACAGUUGCGGAUCAGAACUGUUUACGAGAGUAACAUGUUUGAGUAUGACAAAGAAAAGGGCAUGGGCAUUUUCUGGGUAAGCUGUGAGGCUGGCACAUACAUUAGGACCAUGUGUGUUCACCUUGGACUUUUCCUUGGUGUUGGAGGUCAGAUGCAGGAGCUCCGACGUGUGCGGUCAGGCAUUCAGUCCGAAAAGGAGGGAUUGGUGACCAUGCAUGACGUACUGGACGCUCAGUGGAUGUAUGAUAACCACAAGGACGAAACUUAUUUGCGCCGCAUAAUCAAACCUCUGGAGGCUCUCCUCACAUCUCACAAACGGAUCGUCAUGAAAGAUACAGCUGUUAAUGCUGUGUGCUAUGGGGCCAAGAUCAUGUUGCCGGGAGUUCUCCGAUACGAAGAUGGUAUCGAAAUCAAUGACGAGAUUGUCAUCAUUACAACUAAGGGCGAGGCUGUAGCCCUGGCCAUUGCCCAGAUGACCACUGCUGUAAUGUCCACUUGUGACCAUGGUAUUGUGGCCAAAAUCAAACGUGUUAUUAUGGAGAGGGAUACAUACCCAAGGAAGUGGAAGCUAGGACCUGUAUCAAGUAAGAAACAGAGGAUGAAGGCGGAAGGACUGCUAGAUAAACAUGGGAAACCAAAUGAGAAAACUCCUAAAGACUGGGUCAGCUCCUACCAUGAUUACAGUGCUGUGAAGAAAGAACCACCAAGCAAUGGAGGUGAUGCUGUUCCAUCCACACCUGUCCAGACAAACAAGAGAAAGCUAGAGACAAGCAGCUCAGACGAGAGUGAGCCUCCCACCCCAAAGACGCCAGCCACACCUUCAUUAGACACACCUAGCUCCAAAGACAAGAAGAAGAAGAAAAAGAAGAAGAAGGAACAAGAUGAUGAGGAAGAAGCCUCAGCAGCUGAUGCAUCAAUGGGAGAGGUAUCCUCCGAGAAAAAGAAGAAGAAGAAGAAGAAACACAAGAAAAUGAAAGAAGAUGACAGUGAUUGAGACAGAAGUUGUGUUGUUGAUGGAUGAAUGUGGUGAAUGUGUGAGAGAGAUGUUGAUCAUGUGUUGAAAGUUCCUGCUAGAAGCCUUUUAGUUGGUGACUUACAAACAAUUUGGUCGUCUAAAGGGGUCUGACGUUAUCCUGUGUAAAUAAAAAUAAAUAAACUGAUAUGCUUAUUGAGUCACAUGUGUUCAGACAACUAUGUAAACAGACCUGUGUGUGUGUAUAGAAUCAAAGUAGUUAAGGUGCUGACCAAUAAAGAAAAAUAAAACAAACGGUAUGCUUAUUUAGUUACCAGGCGCCUAAGGUACUAAGACCCUCAGUACACAAAACAGAAGAAUACGCCAUCCAUGUUGACAGUGGGUGAUGUUAACUGUGUUAGGAAAAGUAAUUGUCUCAGACUGAAGAUUCAGUUGUAAGGAAAAUAUCUAAGCCAAUGGGCAAAUUUCUGCUUAUUUUGACCAAACUGUUAAUUCCAAGCCCAUUGCAUAGAAAUUUCCUAAAAUUGCAAAAAUGUUGGGGGCUAUCGGUUUAAUGCUUAUGUAGCCGACAGCACUACCUUCUUAACCACUGCUUAAGAUUAAGUAUUUAGAAUGGAAUAUAAAGUCUAGUGUUCAAUGUAUUGAUGUAAGCCUAUUUACCGAUAUGGAGGGGAACUGAUCUGUGUUACAUCUAUGCAAAGUAAUGCACCCAUCUCUUUGUACAACAGUUUUUACAAAUCUUAAAAGUUUAGUAAUAAUCUUAAACUACAUGUGUUUUCACAGGCUGUUGAGCGUAAGAUUUAGGCUACAUGUAUAACUAAAUGUGUUGUCAUAUUCUAUAAUUGGCGUGUGAUCCUAUUUACCCCUUCUCUAAGGACUUGACCUGCUGAAUGUUUAGAGUGACAUACAGAAGUAGGUGGUUGUACUGUGCAUCUUUGUUUCAGAAAAUUGAUAACCUUGACUCUCGUAUACAAGUGGUAUCUGAAUGUUGUUUGUUACCAUGGCAGUGCCUAGACUUGUUUGAGUCGGAUUUGUCAGGGCGGUGUGAACCUUUAUACAGUGUACAUUUUCACCCUCAUAUUGUUUACUUGAUCAUUUAGUAUUUUGAAAUAUUAUCAACAGGUAUGUGCUAUGUUGUGAUGUAUACGAUUGCUAUAUGUGUAUCUGGAGUUAAAACCAAACCCAUGUAUAGCUUGGGAUGUACAGCUUGAGAUACACAUUUCUUACUUCUUAUCAGUGCAAUAAUGGUGUUUCACUGUUUAAGUUUUACUGUGUUCAUUGAUAGAGAAUUAAAGUGUACAUCAUACAAGGUUAUUUUGUGAAUUUUGUAAAAAAAAAAACACAAAAAAACAACGGAAACCCUUAGGAAGAAAAGUCUUACAUUUAAAACUGGCAGCAAUUUUUAAACUGAACAAUAUUUUCCCUUUUCAUCUGAUCAAUUUUCUAUAUGUUCGAUUUCCAUAAUUUUCAACAUUGUUUGUUGCUCAGUCACAACAUGUAAUGCAGUGUAAAUGGGUUUCUGCAUUUUCACAACAGGAAAGACAUUUACUUUACACAUGAAUAAAGAUAUUUUUUUUUAUCUAAUUUUAUGUUUGUCUCAUCGAUCAUGGUUGACACUAGUAGUGACUUUGUAAAAUAGUUUUUAAGGGCAUUUCAUUAUACCAAGAUAUAUUGCAUUUAUAUAAAUCUGUCCAAAAUUCCUGUUAGAUAUCUUUAAAAAAAAUAUCAACAUAGCAAUCAUUUCUACUGCAACUACACCUAAUACUAGAGUAGUUAUUGUUUUGUUGGUAGAUAAGGUAUCGCUCCUUCCUUGGAGAAGAGAGCAGGAACCAUUCCAGCGUAAGAAAUUAAGCGGUGUGUACAAAGCAAAAGGUUGUGGACCUGUAAAAUUGUAGGAGAGAAUUUCAAUAAUUAUCUUGCGUUGUUAAAUGCAUCAAUGAGUAAAGGUCUUGAUCAUGUUGUUUUAAAUGUUAAAUUCUCGAGUUGCAAAGUUAGUAUAUAUAAAAGCUUUCUUUUCUCGAAAUUCCACUUAUGUUCUCUGCACCCCUGGAAUAGAUUAUGGCAAAAUGUAUGGCACACUGUUGGCUACUUGAUUGGUUUCAGGUGAUAAAACUCAACUAUCACUUCACUGAUACCUAGCCUUUUAAAAUCACAAGAUCAACACCCUUCUUCAAAAUCAGUCAAUUUUAUCUUAACGGUGCCGUGUGAUUCAUUUGAUGUACAUCAAAGGAUCAAACUAGUCUAUUUGUAUUUUCCACAGGAAAGUGUUUCAUGACAUAUUUCAAAGAUGGAGAGAACACAUGAGAGUGUCGCCUUGAAUUUUUAGGAUGCUUAUAGACUAACUGUCUAUAGAGGUUCAAAUGGCAUUAUUUUACUGUCAACUGAAACCUACUGUUUGAUUAGAACUGCUGUAAAAGUGUCCUGUUUUAAAUUUGAUGUAACCACAGAUAAUAAUUUGUGAACUGCUUUGAGACGACCUACAAACUAGGUUGUGAUAAAGCGGUAUAUAAGAACCUCAAAUUAUUAUUAUGUACAUACCUGUCCUCUUGUUACUGAAUUAUUAAAAGAUAAUAUGUUGAAACGGAGCAAAUUGUUUAUAUAGCCUGCUUUUUAUUAGUAUUAAAUACAGCAGAAGUAUAUUCUGUUCUUUUGUUUAUGAAAUAGUAUUUUUGAUGGGAGCUCAGGCCAGCCAAUCCAGGAUAAGAAUAAAGUUAGUUUUGGUCAAGACUGGAAAAUCUAUGCUUGGACAUAUUAAUAUCCCUCUUCCAGCAACAGUGCUAGCCUUUUUACAAAAGUGGGGUCUCAAACAAGAGAUUGAUCUGGUUCCAAAUAGGAAUAUGAGACAAAAGUUUUUCAGAAAAUGCCUGAUCCAAGUCAACUUGCUCAAGGUAUUUUAAAAUACUUAUGGUCAAGAAGAUUGUUCUUGAGAAUUGAGCUGGAACCAGUGCCAUAUGGACAUUUAUUUGGUAUACAAAGAUCGGCUUUUACCUGGCAUUCUGAUCACGGCCUCCUACCCAUUGAUUUAACAAUCAAAGGGAGCUAAAACAUUCAUGCCGGGGUAAAAUACGGGGGGAAAAAGUGGUUUUAAAUUUUAAUUAAUAGAACUGUCAAAAAGAUUUGAUGUUUGAAUGAUGCCCUUGUCCAAGUGCAUCUGUUAGUAGUUGUUUGACCAUUGACAUAAGUUCUGUGCUCAAUAUAGUUACUGAGCAUAUGAUUGGAUUUAUUAAUUCAUUUCAAAUAAAGCGGUAAUCUUGUG